UUCCAUCACACUUGACAAAUAUCUGUACAAAACCACUUCACAUUAAAUAUGAACAAGAAGUCAGUUGCAUGCCCUAAAUUCUAAAUUGUGAUCAGUUUAUGGCAAUUGCUUCAAGCAUGAACCAAGAUCACCCGCAUCAUGAUGAUGACAACAAAGCUGAUGAUGAGCAUGAUCAUGACAUGGUGAUGCCCGGUUUUCGGUUUCACCCCACAGAAGAAGAACUCGUGGAGUUUUACCUUCGCCGUAAGGUGGAGGGCAAGCGUUUCAAUGUUGAGCUCAUCACUUCUCUCGAUCUUUAUCGUUUCGACCCUUGGGAACUUCCCGCCUUGGCAGCAAUUGGGGAGAAGGAGUGGUAUUUCUAUGUGCCGAGGGAUCGGAAGUAUCGAAACGGUGAUAGGCCUAAUCGGGUCACAACUUCUGGCUACUGGAAGGCCACGGGAGCUGAUAGGAUGAUUCGUACCGAUAGUUACAGGCCAAUCGGACUGAAGAAAACCCUGGUUUUCUACUCCGGCAAAGCUCCUAAAGGAAUUCGAAGCAGCUGGAUUAUGAAUGAAUAUCGCCUGCCUCAUCACGAAACCGAAAGGCUCCAGAAGGCUGAGAUUUCACUUUGUCGCGUGUACAAAAGACCAGGAGUCGAUGAUCACCCGUCUCUUCCCCGAAUUCUCCCCACCAGAGCUUCCACAUCAAGAAAUGCCAACAAUUCAACCCCCAAUUCCUCAAAAAAACUCAAAAAUAUUGUAGAACAAACUCAAGUGCACGCGGAAGACAAAUUCAGUACUGAUCAAACAACUAAAAUUAGUACGAGCACCGACAUUGGGACGGCCUUGGGACUUUCCAGCUCCUGCAUUGCGUUAGAGCCUAAUAUCUCCACACCAAACGGCAACAACAUCUACUCAACCGUCCCAUCGCUCGUGCCAUUGCCUAAUGCCAUUGAUGAUCUCCACAGACUUAUAAGUUUUCAACAAGCUUCGGUGAAUAUUCAGCAUGGCCAGCAAAUGUAUCAUAACCCUAAUAAUAUUGAUGAUGUGUUGCCGGGUGGUUCGGUUCAAUCUGCCUUUGCAGACAGACUGUGGGAGUGGAAUUCAGUCACCGGAGCUGCAGCCAAAGAUUAUGAUGCCCCUUUCAAGUAACUGAUCAGGAUCUUACAUAAAUUUCAGGUGCUUAACGGAAUAUGAUUAGUUAUGCUAUACAUAUAUUCAAGUAAUUAGCUAUAGUAAUUAAGCUAGACUCCGCUAUAUCUUUAGCAUUAGCAUUAUAAUGUGUAUUUUUAAUAAAUUGCA